UAGUAGUGCAGUUGCAAGUCAGACAAAUGUCUAGAGUUUUGGUGGAAAAAAUACAUGCAUUUUAUUUCUAGCCUUUCAAACUAUGCGUAAAUCAAAGAGCUAGAAAUGCCUAUUUUAUCCAACCCAGUUGGGAGUCUUCGACCUCAGCCGAGGCUUGAUUUGAAAUGGUUCAAAACUGAUGUUCAGAUUACCUUUGCUCCUGAUGGUCUGAAAAGRUURUGGAAUGAACUGGUCAAAGAUGGUGAAAUACCAGCUAAUCCUAAUGACAUUAAAGUCAACAGUGCAGGGGUUCCAGCGCAGAAGGGUGAUAGCGGCCACUACUACUGUGGRCGUACCAUCUUAACAUGCUCAUGCUGUGAUGGMAAUUGUGGACCUGACAAUGGCUGUAAUUGYUCGGCAUGUCAGAAGUUAGACCAGGAAGAGAGAGAACAGAAAGAAGAGGAAGAACAACAAGCUGUCUCUGUUGGAGUUAUGAUGGACUCCUGGACAUGGGGAAAACAACCAUCUGCAAACCAACUGCAAGAAGCAUUACAAGCAUUGAUAUUUGAACAACAUGAACUUGCAAGCCAAGCUGCUGGAACCACACUUUCUGCUAUUAGACUUCAACAGAGAUUAGCUGUUUUAGGAAGAUAUUUUAUCUCCUUGUCACGRCACAAACAAAGACUUGAUAAAAUUAGAGAGGAAAAACUUGAAAGUAAAAGYAGGGAUAUGAUUGCUCCUAGAGCUAAGUCAAGGAGAAUUUUAGGCAAGGAACAAGCUUCUCUUGGUCUUGCAAGAAUAGGUGCAAGAGCAGCUUUGUCAUUUGCAUUUGCUUUUCUUCGACGAGCAUGGCGUUCUGGAGAAGAUUCAGAUUUGUGUCAAGAGCUGCUUGAUGAGGCACUUGAAGCAUUGCAGGAACUACCAGAAGCAACUCUAUUUGAUGAAUCUGCAGUAUCUCCUGUGUGGCUUGAGGUAGUAGAAAGAGCAACUAAAUUCUUGAAAUCAGUUGUAGCUGGCAAAGGAAAUGAAGAUAAAGUAUACUGCAAACCUCUAGACUCUGUCCCAGUCUGUGAUCAACAUGUAGCUUUAGGAAUCUUAAUUGAGCUUGCAAUUCAACGUGGAACACUGCAACACAUGCUUGAAGCUGUUCUUCUGCUUCUAGAGUUAUGGGACAAUGGACAAGAUAAUGAUACAGACGCCUCAUUUACUAGUGCUCCUCUUGUUGGGCUUUUGAAACGUUUUCAAGAGAUCCCAGGAGCUCCAUCUAAAAGUAUCGAAUCCAGUAAAUUAUCUGAAGAGAGCAUAACAACUACUUCUCAAAGAGUGAGUCCUACAGAAUCUUUCUUGAGGUAUCUUGCCCUUCCUGAUGAUGAGACAGAAUUCAUAGAGCUUCAACAUGCUGCAGUGGUUCUUAUAUCUCAUUUAGACAGAUUAUCAGCACCUUAUACUCCACCAUCUUCAAACCAAAUGGUAUCCAGUGUUGCACUAGUACAAGAUGUUCUUGGGUUUGGAUGGCUUAACUGGAGUAACACAGGACACACAUCAGGACCRAGUACAUUACACAAUCUUGUUGAAUUAGGUGUUAAACAAAUUUGUUGCUCUGAGAAGAGCAUAUUAAUAUUGACCAGAGCUGGCAAGAUUUACACUCACCCCUACUCCUCUGAGGGACAGGGACCAGUGUUACUUGAAUCUCUGUCCAGGCGCUGUGAAAUUGUGAAUGUAAGUUGCCACCCAGAAGGCAAACAUUUCAUGGCUUUGACAAGAGAAGGAGARGUUUACUCUUGGGGUAGUGGUGACGGAGGCAAACUAGGACAUGGUGAUACUAGUACCCGCGAUGACCCAACACUGAUAGCUGGACUUGCWGGAAAACAUGUAAUUCAGAUAUCAAGUGGUAGUACCCACAGUGCUGCRGUCACCUCUGAAGGAGAGCUUUAUACAUGGGGCAGAGGAAACUAUGGACGUCUUGGACAUGGGACCAGUGAGGAUCAGUUAGUUCCUAUGUUAGUCAGUGGGUUAAGAGGUCAUCAUGUGAUUGAUGUAGCCUGUGGAAGUGGUGAUGCUCAUUCUUUAGCAGUAGCUGAUGAUGGUACAGUAUGGUCAUGGGGUGAUGGUGACUAUGGUAAACUUGGUAGAGGAGGAAGUGAUGGAAGCAAGAGUCCCAAGGCCAUUGAUAGAUUACAKGGUUUGGGUGUGGUCAGAGUUUAUUGUGGAACCCAGUUCUCCUUGGCAUUAACAAGAGAUGGCUCUAUUUGGACAUGGGGUAAGGGUGAAGGCUUUCGUUUGGGCCAUGGAACAGAGGAACAUGUUCGCCACCCUAAAGUAAUAGAAGCACUUUAUGGCAAAAGAAUAGUUGAUGUAUCAGUUGGCUUGAUCCAUUGCAUGGCAGUUACUGAUGACGGGGAAGUAUAUUGCUGGGGUCGUAAUGAUCAGGGUCAGCUUGGUGAUAUUGAGUGUCAGGCAAGAGCCGUACCAACCAUUGUAUCUGGUCUUAUGGGUAAAGGAAUAACUGGUAUUGCUUGUGGACCAGCACAGAGUUUUGUGUGGUCAUCAACUGGACACUGGAGUGUAGGAACAAGAGUACCGUUUACUGUUGAUGUCAGYCAAAGGACCUUUGAAUUCCUUGAUGCUUUAUUAAGAAGAGUCAGUGAAGACCUUACAGGAUCACAAGACUGGCCCCCACCCCCACAGGAAAAAGAGUGCAUAGCUGUUGCUGCUUUAAACCUGUUGAGAUUGCAGCUACAUGCUGCCAUCACAGAAGGUGUAGAUUCCGAUGAGCUUGGUCUUGGUGUUGGAAGUAAACUACUUCAGUCAUUAAAGCAACAAGUUGUSACCUUGGCCAGCAACAAAGGAGUUCUUAAAACAGUCCAAGUWGCUGCUCAAGGGGCUUUGAAAAGUGGCUGGGUUUUACUGCUUCCAACACCAGAGGAAAGAGCAAGAGCUUUGACUGAAUUACUUGUUGAAACCUCAGAUAAACCUCCAACAAUGCAACUCGGUAAGAAGUUCAUGCUAGAACUACUUGUAAACAGUUUGAUGGCUGAAGGAAGCUUAGAGUCAGCUUUGGAAAAUGCCAUUGAAAAUGAGAUUGCUAACCAUAAAUUGAGUGAAAAAGAAUAUGGAACUGACACAAAAGAUUUUGCUACAAGUGUACCAAUACUACAUCUUACACAACAGCUGUUAAAAUCCUCCAGUGCUCAAGUUAGGGCUGAAUUCCAAGAAAUGAUUCUCAAGCCACCAAAAUUACAGUGGCCAUAUGCACCUCCAGCCAGGACAACUAUGGUGGAACUACUGUUAAAAUUACAAAGACUUCUUAUGGGAAACUUGUUUGUAAAGGAAGGCAGUGAUAAACCAUGGUUCAUUAAUGAUGGUGAUGAAGUCCCAUUAUCAAAGAAGCAAAUUGGUUCUGCUUUACUGUUACAUAAGUAUGUAGCCUUAGUAUGUGCUCAUGUUGGUGAAGUAUUACCCAGUGCAUCAUCACUUGCCUCCAAUGGACCCCGGUAUUAUGUAGCUACAGCACAAAUCAUUCAAAGAGAGUAUACAGGAGUCUUACUACCAGAACUAUUAGUGUCUGUAGUACUUCUACACACUUGUCUACCAGCAGCACUUUACGCUGCACAGAUAAUACCAGUACUUGCUGGUUUGUUAGAUAUGCUGGAUAAAUUCAAUAAACUUGCACCUGGUGUUAAUAAAGAAGAUGAAGAAGACUUGGCAUGGCCAGGAGGCAUAGGUAGCCCAACACCAGCCAGCCGUCGUGCAGGUGAUGUCACUUUGAUAAGACCUCAGGAAUUAGAGAACCACAAUAAAGAAGGUGGAUUAUGGGUAGUAAUCCAUGGAAAAGUGUAUGACUUGGCUGACUUUAAAGAUCAGGCACCUUGCGGUAAGCAGUUGCUGCAGCAUUAUGCAGUACAUGAUGCUACACAUGCUUUUGAAGAAGCUCAACACUCAAGUGAAGCUCGUGAGAUGAUGCAAGCUGUGUUUGUAGGGAUCUUUGUAGAGCCUGAGCAGGAGUUUGCCCUAGACAGUGCCCUUACAGUAUCAUCACCCCUGAUUGAUACAGAACGUACUCUUGGUCUGCUGCUUGGCCUUGAUGCUUGUUACAUGUCAAGGUCAACGGCGUUAUCAUGUGAAGAAGAGGAAGCAGAGAAAUGGUUGCUGUCUGAUAUCUUUGCUGGUGGAACUGAACCCUCAUUUGUUGAUCAGAUGUGUAGUUCUAGUGAUAAAGAUACAACAGUAGAGAAACGRGAACCGUUCACAUGUCAACCUAUGGACCCAUCCAAACCCUUAUUACAGUCCUUAAUAGAGACCAAAGUAGAGGAUCCACAGGCCUUGAGGUUCUUGUCUAUAGUAGAACGAUACUGUAAGCACAAGAGAAUGGUGUUACCAAUUGACUUUCCUAAUGAUCACCCUGUAGAGAAAGUAGGAAGACUUUUAAUGGCUUGUUUAUUGAAGCACCAAGAACUUGGUAACAUGGCAUUAAGUGUCACUGAUCACAGUCCUUUAUCAUCUAAAUCAGCAUCAUUACCAGACCUCUCAUGGCCACACGCUAGUACCAGCUCUUAUUCAAGCCAUCUUMCUACAGUCUUGCCUAAACCGUUAGUUGAAGUUCUGAAGGUUGUUCAUCAAGCAAAAUGUUCACUGAUAAAGGCUCGUCAAGAGUCAUCACGUUCCUAUGAGGAAGUCUGUCAUCCAGCUCUAGAAAGGUGCAGAUUCCUCUUCACAGUGCUUCGCCCUGCUGUAUCAUCUGAAGUGAAUACAAUGACGAGACUUAAGAUCCAAAGUACUGUACCAAGAUGGGUUCGUGUGGUUCGUAAAAUGAUCAAAGAUCGAUGUGCUGUGAAAGGACAACACAAAACAGUUGAGAAAAAUAAAGGAAACGAUGAAGAAGUUCCUGAAAUGUCCAAAAAGAUCACAAAAGAAGAACAACUUAAUGAAAGUCAAGUUGACAAAGACAAGCCUUUCCAUAACUUGCCCAACACAAGACUCAAGGGAGUGCAGAAAGUCAAAUGGCUUCGUGAACGAAUGAUGUCUGCAUCAGCUGAAACUGUGCUCAUGAAUCACAUUAAAGACUUUGUAAUUGAUGAAGAACCUAUAGACAUUGAGACCUUACACAAAGCAUUAGAAAAACAGGUAGAGCGUGCUAGACUGAGACUCCAUGGAGCAGAAAACUUUCUAGCUUUAGUAUCGAAAGACUACUUGAUUCCGUCUGUUCGCUAUGCUAUCCUCUGUGGCUGGCAAGGGUUGUUAACAUCAAGGUCUCUUAUGAGGGAUCCCAUUCACCAUUGUUUAGCMAAUGUCGACYUAGUACCUCCAUCUGAUCGUGUGCUACUGGAAACUACUUAUGCUAAAAUCAACACCUGGGCUUUGAACAUCUUGCGCGCUUCAGUYCACUUUGCUGAUAGCACCUUUAAAAUGGCAGAACUAAACMMGGGUACAUCURGUGAUCACUACAACCGAGGUGGSUUGUCACUUGGUGCUCUUCCUGUUGCUCGAUUCCUUCUUUCAGCGCUUGGUGUGYUAACUGCUGAYCACMGGUCAGGAGAUGUGUGUGUCAUCCUUAAUUCUGGUGUACUUGGKCUUGCCCAAACCAUCAUGCGUCUUGCUGGGCCGUGUGAGACUGGUGAAGAAGAAGAYGCAGCUCUAGCAGCAAUAAUCGAUGAGGGUAAAUCAUCCAAGAAACGCCCCACAGUACCCCUGACGGGACCUGAAGUUGUAAAGCUGAUGAAAAUUGGUACUCGGGUCGUUCGUGGUCCUGACUGGAAAUGGGGUGACCAGGAUGGACCGCCACCAGGAGAGGGCCGCAUAAUAAGUGAGAUUGGUGAAGACGGCUGGGCACGAGUACAGUGGGCUACAGGAAGUACUAAUUCGUAUCGUAUGGGUAAGGAAGGCAAGUAUGACCUUAAACUUGCUGGACCRCCUCCUGUACCUGAUAGCAGUGAUGAAGAAGAGGAAGAUAUGAAAGACGAUUCCAAGCCAGAGAAGACUGAAAUCCAGUCCAGUCACCCUACAGCCCUGAUAAGACAAUCAUGUUUGUGUUUAAUGCGAUCUCUUGUGAUAUCAUGUGGUUUACAUGCUGAAGACAUCCAAGUCAGCCGUGUAAGAACUGUCAGCAGUCUCCUCCAGCAACUCGUAGAGUCUGGCACCUUCACCAAUACAGCGAAUCCAGUUCAGAGUAUCCAAGCGCAGCAAUUCAGAGAUUGGGCUAAACUUGGGUUUAUUAGGAGCAUUGCCGUCACACCCACAAUGUGUAAAGCACUGAGCAGCGCUCAAUGGGUAGACCUGUUGUUAAGGCUUGUCAGUGGAUCAAUUCAUGAAGAAGAACGAUCAUCUACCAGUACUGCUGUUAAUCUACCAAGACAGGUUUUAGCGCUACGAUUACUCCGCUCAAUGUUAACYUCAUGGGACAAUAAGAGUGACACUCAACGAAAAGCAAACCUGGUCGAGAAACUCUUUGCUUUGYUAGGAAAGGUUCUCAUGGCUUGUACUGGRACWUUACCUUUCCAACAAAUCCCACAUAAAAGCAAACGWGGCCGUAAGAAAGCUAAAGCACCARCAUCGGUUUCAGCCACGUACAGUAGUACCGUAGCAGAAGAGUUUGUUACCUUACUGMGAAGACUCCAUUCAUUAGAGAAUUGGAAUCCACUAGUUAACCAGUUUAUCAGUGAACGACUGGGUAGUAUCGCGCUCAUGGCUGUAUUAGCUGUGAUUGGUGGAGUUGAUAGUCGACCACGCCUUGGUGGUCUGGUGCAUCAUAAAGACUGGGGACAAGGCACUAUUAGUAGAAUAGCCCCCAACGGCAAGGUUACCAUACAGUAUGAUGAUCAAAGUAAACCUAAGAUUUGUCCUAUAGCUCAUGUUAAAGCAGUCCCUGUGUUUGCGUUCUCGGUGGAUAAYYUACCGAUGUCCGAGGCCACACAAGGUAUUUGGGCAUCAUURAUACGACUAGCUGGAACAGGACAGAGAAAGACACCAGAACCUCCUCAAGUCGACUUUGUACUCCCAACUCCACCUGGGCAUGAYAGUGCUGACUCAGAUUCACUCAGAACAACAAAAACGUCUGAAGGAAAGAAAGUUGAUGAAGUAGAUACAGCCCUUCUAAGACAACAGCAGAUCAAUCUUGGACUACUGAAAGCAGCUCGUGUUUUGUUUAGUCGUCAAGAUAACCUGCGACAGAUCCUGACCCACCAUGGAUGUGAUAGUGUUGGUAGUAAUGCGUUUUCUUUACAACAACUYAUGGCUGCAGCUAUUAAACCCUCGCCUAUUAAAUCGAUGUUUGACCGUGAAGAAUUAGAGGCAGCUGCAUUAGCUACUUGUCAGUUCUUAGCCACAGAAGCGAAUCAGCAAGAUGACGCGCUUACACUGCCUCCACCAGUUGAUCAAAACCAGCCCGGACCUUCAAGCUUCUCCAGCCAAAACCUUCCCUCAUCAAAGCAACCUUCAAAACACCAGCAAAAAACCCACAUUAAAAAACACAAGAAAGUUCGCACAAAGAAACAAAAACCACCGAUUGAACUCAAAGUCAAGCAACUCGUGGAGAUGGGUUUUCCAAGACAACUCGUGGAGCAUGCCCUUAAGGAGCUUCACGAAGAGGAAGAUCCAAGAACCGAACUUGUUGUAGCAUGGCUGCUUGAUCAUCCUGAACUUGAACUUCCUGAAAGAGAGACCGAAAUAGCGGAAUCAAGCAGUGAUGAAUCGUCAGAUGAUGAUGACGAUGAUGAUUGUUGUGACAGUGAUUCUAGUUCUAGUAGUGAUUCAGACUCCUCUACUACUGACAGUGAGACUACAAGYCCCUUGACUGACUUCAAAGUUCGUAGUGAUUUCGCUAGUAAUGACGAGUAUGCUCGGUAUGUCAGGGACCAUAUUCAGGUGGGGAUGAUGGUACGGUGCUGUCGUACGUAUGAAGAGGUUCAUGAAGGCGACAUUGGACGUGUUAUUAAGCUUGAUCGAGAUGGUCUUCAUGAUCUUAACGUACAAGCCGAUUGGCAGCGUAAAGGAGGAACAUACUGGGUUCGUUAGGUGAUCGUGUCCGUGUUAAAAGUUCUGUCAAUACACCCAAGUACAAGUGGGGUUCCGUGAAUCACAAUAGUAUUGGUACAGUUGUAUCUUUGAGUCCUAAUGGUAAAGAUGUCAAGGUAGAUUUUCCUCAGCAAGCAAACUGGACGGGCUUGAUUACAGAGAUGGAGGUCGUACCAGCAAAACACACUAAUGUCACUUGUGAUGGGUGUCACGUAUCACCAAUAGAGGGUUCCCGGUUCAAGUGUAAGACAUGUUCAGACUUCGAUUACUGUGAAAACUGCUUCAGAAUAAGACGUACRCAUCGACACCCAUUCUAUCGAUUUGAAGAGCCUGGWUCAAUCCCAGUCAACGUUGGCAAACCUGGACGUGGUCGAAAACGUAACAACCUUAGUCCUGGGACGGGCGCCGAUAUUGUUAUUAAAGAAUGGAGUCGUAUUGUGAAGGAUUUGACGGUAUCGUCACGUGAGAGCCAGGCUUAUCGAUUGGUUGACAAUACUGAUUCUUAUUGGCAGUCGUCUGGACCUCAAGGGAAGCAUUGGAUUCGAUUAGAUCUGUAUCCUGAUUUAUUGAUUCACCGUUUGACGAUGACCACUGACCCAUCAGACAGUAGUUACAUGCCAUCACUCAUUGUAUUAUCCGCUGGCGAGUGUGUAACGCGGUUAAAAGAGAUCAAGACUAUUCAUAUUGGAUCAAAUGAUUCAUUGGUGACAUUACUUGAGGAUGUACAAGAGGAAUACCGUGUGGUUGAAAUAGGCAUUCGACAGUGUAAGAGUAGCGGCAUCGACUGUAAAAUCCAUGGUCUGUCCAUUUCCGCUCGUCCCAAAGCUGAYGAAGACGAUGUUGCUGCCAGUUUCUCGUUCCUGGCUGUUGUCGAGGACGAAGACACUUUAUCUCUCAAGAAAGCUGUCAAGAAGAAGUCAGUUAUACCACAAACCUCACAGGAAGGUCAGGUUAAGGUUUUUGUGUGGGGCUUAAAUGACAAGGAUCAGCUUGCGGGAUUGAAAGGAUCCAAGAUCAAGAUGCCUGUAUCGUCAGACUUCCUGAGUGCUCUCAAAGUCCAACAAGUCGCCGGUGGUUCGAAAACAAUGUUCGCGGUAUCUCAYGAUGGGAAAGUKUUUGCWUGCGGUGAAUCAACUAACGGGCGCCUGGGACUAGGGCCUUUAACUGGAAACGUAUCYGURCCCCGUCAAAUWGAGGCCCUMAAUCAAUUCAUAGUAAAAAAGGUUUGUGUCCAUUCUGGUGGCCGUCAUGCCAUGGCKUUGACUAUCGAGGGCAAGCUGUUCUCUUGGGGUGAGGGCGACGAUGGCAAGUUAGGACAUGGCAACAAGACGAGCUACGAUCGUCCUAAACUAAUCGAUUAUUUCAAGUCAAAGUGUGUUCGUGACAUGUCCUGUGGUAGUUCUCAUAGUGCUGCUAUUCUAUCUGAUGGUACAUUGUAUUCAUGGGGUCUUGGCGAGUAUGGMCGACUUGGACAUGGAGAUAAUCAAACACAACUAAAGCCCAAACAAGUCCACGCACUMGCAAACCAUCGUAUCAUUGAUGUAGCUUGUGGCAGCCGUGAUGCCCAGUCUAUUGCGUUAUCAGACGACGGCACAGUUUGGUCGUGGGGAGACGGUGAUUUUGGUAAACUGGGUCGAGGAGGAUGUGAGGGUUGUAGUACACCACACCCUGUUGAYAAGCUACAAGGUCAAGGUGUYUGUAAAGUUGCUUGUGGUGCCCAGUUCUCACUCGCUCUCACCACAUCUGGCCUUGUAUGGACAUGGGGUAAAGGUGACUAUUUUCGUCUUGGYCAUAAUAACGACACUCAUGUUCGUAAGCCUCAGGUAGUGGAAGCACUGCGGGGCAAGAAGAUCGUGGACGUUGCUGUUGGUGCUCUACACUGUUUAGCAGUCUCGGACCAGGGACAGAUUUAUGCCUGGGGAGAUAAUGAUCAUGGUCAACAAGGCAACAAUACAACUACAAUGAACAAAAAACCUCAGCCUGUAAUGGGACUCGAUGGACAUAAGAUAACUCGGGUUGCCUGUGGCUCWUCGCAUAGCAUAGCCUGGGCCGAGUCAGAUCUGCCUGUACCAGUAACUCACGAACCAGUCAUAUUCUCCGUGGCACGUGACCCUCUYGGUGCGUCGUCCUUGACAAUCCCUCCAGAACGACCAGCUGUCAUAGCAACAGACGUCCCUAGUAACGAGACGUCUAGUAAGCGUCACAGACCGUCRUUGGCUAAAAUUGUGUUGUCGUUGAAUACAAACUACGAGCGUCAGCARUCCUUAUCCCACAUCUUAACRGCACUACAAAUUAUGUACGCAAGGGACAGUGUAGUGGGUGCUCUGAUGGACUCAAAGGUGUUCUUGAGCACCGAAUCAAAAGCGAGCCCUCGUGACGAGGCYGUUUCUGAUAAAGGGUCUUUGAUUGGUUUAGAGGACAUUGCUUUGUCUGUUGAAGACAAGCCACAAGAUAAGUUAGUGAUUGACGGGCUUGAUGAGUUUACUGGUAUUCUGGAGUGUGAAGAUGCUAGACUUCUGGUGGAGUUGUUAAAACUUGCUGUAGCCAGUCGUGCUGGGGAAUGUGGUAAGGAGGUACUGUCAAGAGUUUUGAGGGCCYUGGCUCAAGGUCGAUCUGAGAUUGCCGACAUGCUUCUAGAACUCUGCAUCACAGAACUAGAAGAAGUUGCAAUGGACAAUAGUAGUUCACGUGCCGCGUUCCAGCCCGUCGUACAAGAAAGCUGUCACCCUUACACAGAUAACACCAACACGUCCGGUGUCGUGAAAAUAACCGGCGCUGAAGGAUUACGAGUUGAAUUUGACAAACAGUGCUCUACAGAACGGCGUCACGAUCCGUUAACAAUCAUGGACUCUACUGGUCGGACUGUGUCCGUCCGGUCGGGUAGAGAGUGGCCGGAAUGGUCUAGUGAACUCCGUCUAAGUGGCGAUGAGUUAAGAUGGAAGUUUGCUAGCGAUAGUUCGGUGAAUGGUUGGGGAUGGAAGUUUACUGUAUAUCCUAUAACCCCUGCAUUAGCGCCUUGUGAUGUAUUGUCUGAUAGGUCUUUACUCACUCGACCAUCAAUAGACCUUGUGAGGUGUUUGCUAGACUUUCAACUAGAAACGCUGUGCAGUCAGUCCCAGAUCCCUCGGCUUGCCGCUGCGCUUUCGUCGUGCGCACAACUUGGAACACUAUCCGCUGUCCAAAGAACGUGGGCUCUUCAUCGUCUCUGCAAGCUGUUAACGUCAGAGUUUGGUCCUUCUAUCGAUGUUCCUGCGUUAUUAGGUUUCAAUAUGAUGUACGAUGAAACACCGGUAAAAUUGAAGUAUUUUGGCAGCCAGACAAUGACAAGUGCUGUUUCAUCUUCGGCCCUCGGAAGUCUCAUCCGAGGACUACCCGAAGCGUUACGAAAGCAGCACGAAUAUGAAGAGCCUCUUGUUCGUGGUGGUAAACAUCUUUUACACAGUGACUUUUACAAGGUCCUUGUUGCCUUAGCAUGCGAUCUCGGCAUUGAUUUAUUGCCGUGCUGUGUGGAUCGGCACGAGUGGGGCUGGUUCCGAAGAUAUUGUAUGGCGUCACGAAUUGCGUCAUCGCUAGAUACCAGACUCUCUCUACCAUACGACUUUGUUCAAGAUGUAAGAGAAAAGAUCAAAGAACUUAUUCCAGAAGGCGAAGGAAGCGAAGACUACUUAGAUCAUAGUUUGAUCAAACGAGAGCAGGAUGAGCAGCUGCUUCUUUGGCUAAGCCAGCGUCCAUCUGACUGGACCAUGACAUGGGGUGGUAGUGGCAAUAUCUAUGGGUGGGGUCACAAUCAUAGAGGUCAGCUUGGUAGUAUUGAAGGUGCGAAGGUGAAACUGCCCCAAACCAGCGAGGCUCUGGCUGCUAUUCGUCCUGUACAGAUUGCUGGAGGCGAACAGACCCUUUUUGCAGUAUCUACUGAAGGAAAGGUCUAUGCUACUGGGUAUGGUCAUGGUGGUCGUUUAGGACUGGGCGGGACUGAUACUGUGACGUCAAUGAAGAUCAUCGAGUCCUUACAACACGUGGUUAUUAAGAAGGUCGCAGUGCAUUCUGGAGGAAAGCAUGCCAUGGCGUUGUCUGAAGACGGUGACGUCUUUUCAUGGGGCGAAGGUGAUGAUGGGAAACUCGGUCAUGGGAAUAGAAAUUCAACUGACCGUCCACGAGUAAUCGAGUACUUGCGAGGUAAAGGUGUCAUCGAUAUUUCAUGUGGUGGCUCACACAGUGCUUGUAUUACAUCCAACUACGAGCUAUACACGUGGGGUAAGGGUCGAUAUGGCCGACUAGGUCACGGGGACAGCGAGGACCAAUUGUUACCCAAGGUAGUUGAAGCAUUACGUGGUUACAGAGUUAUUGACGUGGCAUGUGGUAGUGGUGACGCACAGACAUUGUGUUUAACAGAUGAUGACGUUGUUCUGUCUUGGGGUGACGGUGACUAUGGUAAACUAGGUCGUGGUGGUAGUGAUGGUUGUAAAGUACCCAUGCGAGUAGAAUCCCUCAUCGGACUAGACGUGUGUAAAGUAGAGUGUGGAUCGCAGUUUUCUGUCGCACUUACCAAGUCAGGAGCUGUGUAUACAUGGGGUAAAGGCGAUUACUACCGUCUAGGUCACGGUACAGAUGAUCACGUGAGACGGCCUAAGCGAGUAGCAGCCUUACAAGGCAAGAAGGUUAUUGCUAUAGCAACAGGCUCAUUACACUGCGUGGCUUGUACAGACACUGGUGAAGUGUACACAUGGGGUGAUAAUGAUGAAGGACAGUUAGGUGAUGGCACGACUAAUGCUAUUCCAAGACCAAGACUUGUUACUGCUUUACAGGGGAAGAAGAUUUCGCGCGUUGCUUGCGGUUCCGCCCAUACCAUCGCWUGGUCAACAUCUAAACCUACUAACGCUGGCAAACUCCCUUCAAACAUCCCAAUGGAAUACAACCAUCUACAGCAUAUUGAUUUAAUGGCUUUACGAAACAGACUCAUCUUGUUGCAUCAAUUCUCAGAGUUAUUCUGUUCGUCUAUAACCAUGUUUGAUCUCCAGUCAUCACACGACGGUGAUAUCGAUAACGGUGCAUUGAUUGGUCUUAACAAUCUUAGAGGUGUACUCAUACCCGCCAACAAAGAAGCUUCKUUCCGUAAGGUUGUUCAGACGACUAUGAUACGUGACCGACAACAUGGACCAGUUAUUGAGCUCAACAGAAUACAGGUCAAGAAACACCGUAGCAAAGGCGGACUAGCAGGUCCUGACGGAAGUAAGUCCGUUUUUGGACAGGCCUGUGAGAAGAUGAGCAACUUCGGCCCUGAGAGCCUAUUUUURCCCCAUCGAGUAUGGAAGGUGAAGUUCAUCGGAGAAAGUGUUGACGACUGCGGUGGUGGUUACUCGGAGUCCAUCGCGGAGAUGUGCGACGAGUUACAGAACGGCUCUCUGCCGUUACUUAUUGUUACACCAAACGGACGUGACGARUCAGGUGCUAACCGKGACUGCUUUAUUCUGAACCCUGAAGCAAGAUCACCAACGCACAUCAAUAUGUUGAAAUUCCUGGGCGCUCUUAUAGGUAUCGCUAUUCGCACAGGAAGCCCGCUUAGUCUGAACUUAGCCGAACCUACCUGGAAACAGAUYGCCGGUAUUUCCCUUACUGUUACUGAYCUAGCCGAGAUUGAUAAAGACUACGUACCGGGUCUUAUGUGUAUACGGGAUAUGGACGCUGAGACUUUCGAAGCAAUGGAAAUGCCGUUUAGUACGCCUAGUGCAAGUGGCAGUGAAAUUCGUUUGCAUCAAAAAAUCAAGACUAUUUCAUUGGACAACAGGGAGGAGUAUAUUCGCCUUGCUUUGAAUUAUAGACUUCAUGAAUUUGAUGAACAGGUUGCAGCUGUCCGYGAAGGCAUGGCACGAGUAGUCCCAGUUCCCCUUCUUUCCCUUUUCACCGGGCAUGAGCUGGAGACUAUGGUGUGCGGAAGUCCCGACAUUCCCUUGGAUCUUCUGAAGUCAGUAGCGACGUACAAAGGAAUCGAUGCCAAUGCACCAUUAGUGCACUGGUUCUGGGAUACUCUAGAAGCAUUCUCUAACGCAGAGAGAUCGUUAUUCUUGAGAUUUGUGUGGGGAAGAACAAGGUUGCCAAGAACGAUAGCAGACUUUAGGGGACGAGACUUCGUUUUCCAGGUUCUUGACAAGUACAACCCACCGGACCAUUAUCUCCCAGAAUCCUACACAUGCUUCUUUCUGCUCAAAAUGCCUCGUUACUCGAGUCAGCGGAUCCUCUGUGAGAAGCUCAAGUACGCUGUUCAUUUCUGCAAGUCUAUUGACUCGGAUGACUACGCCCGUAUUGACCUGACGGGUGAUCCAGCUGAAGGCUUUGAAGAUGUGGAAUCAUUCUAGAUUGUAGGUUACAAGAUCAAGUAGAAUUUCGGACUCCUGUGGUCGAUGCCGUGUUAAGAAUUGUUAAUACAACACAGAAAUACUGGAUACUAAUUUUGUGGAAGGGUUUUAUAGUUGCAUUGCUUAAGAGAUCGUUCGUUAAAACUAUAGGUUAAAGUAGUGAUAAYGACYUCCUGUGUUAUAGCACACCGCGAGGACACUAAACACUAAUAAGUCCUCCGUUCGGUCAAGGUUUGCAAGGAACUACUGGGUAAURAUCAUGACUUUGAAUGGCAUUGCUGAAGCAAUGUAACAUAUAAAGUUUUUCUUCACCUGUCUUCUUUUGGCCGGUAAUUUGUUUUGAAAUAGCUGUAUGUCGACAUGGUAUUGAUAAUAUAGAGUUUCAAAGGUUCUUCAUAGAGCCUGUAUUUAUAACUAUACUUCAUAAAGUACAUCAUUUGUGUAUUUAUAGAUAGAUAUUGAUAUGAAAAUAUUAUUGUGAAUUCGAAUUAUUAUAUGAAGGCCGUGUCGAAAUUAAYUUUUAUGCCAGUCAAACUUGAAACUCGCUUGUUUUGGCUGAGACGAUAUUUCUAGAGAGUGUGUUUAUUCUAAAAUAAAGUCUUUCUUACACACAAA